AUGGGAAACAUCUUUCUUGCCGUAACUAUUGUUAUUGGAUUAAAUAUUUUGUCCACCUGCACAGGACAUCUUCCCUACUUCAACAAUCAUGCAACGCCAGCAAGGGUUGUUACUAAACAAAACCACUGGUACACUUCCGGUCGUCAUCCUUCGUUUCAUUACCAAAAAGAAAGCUAUUCAAAAUGGCACCCCAUUUCUUCGAAACCAACUGUGUCUCUUAUGCCUUGUCGAAACAAAUUUGUUUCACCGCAACACAACACUAUUACACCAUCAUCUCCCGUGGCACAACCAUCACUGAUAACUCAACCAAAAAACAACGUAUCAGCCGAUAAGCAAAAGGAUUUGUCUGAUCUUGAGGUCUUGAUACAUCAGCUUGAACGAAAGCUAGAACUAAUCGAACAACAACUUUCCGCAAGCGGCGGCUUCAAACAAGGUGAACCUCACGAGAGUGUGACUAAGAAAACCUAUCCUAAAUCAGAUCCAAAACUAACAGAAGACAUCGCAAACGAUCCAUUUUGGUUAAAAUUGGACGUAGUAAAUAAGGAGAUCGAUCUUGAACAUUUGCUUAAAACCAUUAAGCUUUUGUUCGAAAAUUUAAAACAACCCACACCUGCACCGGUCGCGGAUCGGUCCGAGGAGAAUGUGUAUGAUUUAAUAGAUAUUCGAAGUAAUUUUGGCAGCCGCUAG